CCUGGAUCAGACUCUGUCCCUGGUCCAGAGACACCAAUCCAYCCAGCAGUCAGCCCGCAAGUGGCUUGACGAAGCUGGGGCUUUUCUCCAGAGAACCACCCUGGGAAUAGAGCUGGAGAACCAGACAGAGAGCCUCAGGGAGCUGGAGGAGAUCUCAGCCCAGGAACCAGCCUUCAUGGCUAAACUAGAUGAGCUGGAGACCCUGGGUGCUCAGCUGGAUGGUCUGGUGGGGCUGGGAGUGACGAAGGAGAUGAAAGAAAGUGAAAGAAAGAAAGAAGGUGUGGAGGUAAUGCGACAGAAGGGGUCAGAGGUCAAUGAGCAGCUGAAGGGUUACCGGGAGGAUCUGCAGAGCUGUGCUGCUCAGUGGAGCUCCUUCCAGACGGAGAGAGAGGAGCUGAUUGGACAGAUGAAUGAAACAGGAAGUAUGAUGACUGCGUUCCCCUCGGCUAAGGCAGCCAAUAGCCAGGAAGCUGAGGACAAACUCCAGAGUUACAAGUCUCUGUUGAUUCUGAUUGAUGGGUGUGAACCCACCCUGACUGGCCUGAAAGAGAAGGCCACAGAUUUGGCUCUGGUUGGGUCUGAGUCCAGCAAAGCUGCUAUUGGUCACUCUGUGUCAUCUUUAUGGCAACGUUGGACACGCCUGUGCAGCGUGGCGCGAGCCCAGGAGAGAGCUCUGGAGGACACAGCUCGGGACUGGAGGAGCUUCAGGGAGAAGAUGGAGAAGGUACGGUCUGUGUCAGUAGACCUUCAUGCUCGUGUGCCAGACAGCACAGUGGAGAAGGCAGCCACCAGGGCGGCGCUACAGAACCUGUUGGAAUACCAUGACUCCUUCAGCCUGGAGGUGGAGAGAGAGCAGUCAGCCCUGGCCCUGCUGGGGCAACACACACUCAGCCUGAUAGGAGAGGACCAGGAGGAAGAGGAAAUGGAGAUGGAGAAAACUGACAAGACUAGAGAAGAGACACCCUGUCUGAAGGAGAUCAGGAGUAUGCUGGAGAUGUAUGAGAGCCUGGUGCUGCAGGUGCGUGGUAGCAGAGCCCAGGUGCAGCAGGAGCUGAGGGAGAGGGAGGAUGUGGAGAGGGAGCUAGGACUGGUGAAGGGAUGGAUCCAGGACACCAGGGGACUGCUACUGAGCCCUUCAUCUGACCUGGACUCACUGCUGCAUGAGCUAGAGACAGCCCAUGGUGAGGUCAUCAGUAGGCGCCAGAGUGUGGAGAGGAUGGUGGAGCUGCAGCAGAACAAGUACCAGGACCUCCAGACAGCCCUGCCCUCUGAACUGAGCAUGCAGCUGGCUGAGGUGACACUCGCCCUGGGCUCCGCUGAGGACCAGGUCCAGUCGAGGGAGAGAGAGGUGCAGCAGACCAGAGAUGUGAAGGAGGACUUUAGUUCCAGACUGCAGGACAUUGAGGGGAAGUUGAAGACCAUCUCUCUGAAGAUCAGUGAGAAGGCUACCGACCUGGAGCAGGCCAAGGAGGAAACCAAGUGUCUGUGUGAAGAGUGUGAGGGUUGUGGUCGCUCCCUGGCUGAGCUGGUUGUAGCAGUACAGGAGUUUGGGGACCAGAACCCUCUACUGUGUAAGCAGCUGGGAGACGCCCUGUCCAGACUGGCUGAGGUCCAGCGCCUCACCACACAACAGGCCCAGGAACGGGCCAACCAACUACACAAGGCAGAGCAGCAGCUGGAGGAGUAUAAGGGGAUGAGGCAGUUCCUCCUGGGCUGGGCUGAGAAAGCAGAGGCCCUGGUCACUGGCAACAUAAUCUGGAGCUCCGCCUCUCAGCUUCAGGAUCAAAUCAGAACCCACCAGGCGGUGCUGCGAGAGUGYCGUGGUCUCCAUGGUGAUCUGGAGGCCAUGGGGGAAAGGGAAGGGCAGUUGGGGGAGGUGCUACAGACGGAGGGGUGGAGCCAGCAGGUGAAACAACUGAGCAGAUGCACUGAGGAGCUGCAGCAGAGCGCAAAGACACGCCUCCAGAGCCUGCAGGAUGCCGCCAAGGACAUGAUUCGUCUGGAGGCUGAGGUGAAGACCCUGCAUGACUCUCUGGACCAGGCACAGCUCACACUCACCUCUCCUGACCUAGCACGACUCAGCCUUAGGGAGCAGCUCACACACAGACAGCGUCUGUUGGUGGAGAUGGAGGCCUUCAAGCAGCAGGUGCAGGCGGUGCAGCUGUGUCAGAGCGCCCUCCGGCUGCCGGAGGAGGUAGUGGCCAGCCUGUCCAUCUGCAGAACAGCCCAGAGCCUGCAGCAGGAGGCCAGCCAGCUGCAGCACACCACCAUCCAGCAGUGCAACAUCCUACAGGAGGCCGUGGUGCAGUAUGAGCAGUAUGAGCAGGAAGUGAGGAACCUCCAGAGGCUGAUAGAGGAAGCUCACCGCAUCAUACAGGACCGACCCGUUUCAACCAGUAACAUACAUGAACUACAGGCCCAGAUACACCACCAUGAGGAGCUAGCCCUGAAGAUCCGAGGCUACCAGGAGCAGAUAGCGUCCCUGAACUCCAAGUGUAAGAUGCUGACGGUGAAGGCCAAGCACGCCACCAUGCUGCUGACGGUCAGUGAGGURGAGGGGCUGUCUGACGGCAUGGACGAGCUCAGCGACGAGGAGCUGCCCACCAAACAACCGCCGGCUCACCCCUCCGUCGUCAUGAUGACAGCAGGCCGCUGUCACACACUCCUCUCCCCCGUAACAGAGGAGUCAGGGGAGGAGGGCACCAACAGCGAGGUCUCCUCUCCCGCCUGCCGCUCCCCCUCGCCAGGGGCUAAUGCUGACACUCCCCUUAACCAGGCCCGGGCCCCUCUGAGUCGGGCCCCUCUACAGGAGCUGUAUGACCCCUCUCUAGAGUCCAAUGCCAACCUGGAUGACCUGCAGCGCUCCUGGGAAACACUCAAGAAUGUGAUCAGUGAGAAGCAGAAGACUCUGUAUGAGGCUUUGGAGCGUCAGCAGCACUACCAGGAGUCCCUCCAGUCAAUCUCCACCAAGAUGGAGUCCAUAGAGGGAGCUCUCAAUGAGGGCCUAGAGUCCCGUAAGAGCCCUGAGAGCCAGAUGGCUGCACACCAGGCCCUGAUGGAUGAGAUCCUGAUGCUACAGGAUGAGAUUGGGGAYCUGCAGACGUGUUUCAGUGAAGAGCUGUGUGACGGCCUGGACAGUGACAGUGACCCAGGGGACCAGCUGGCCCUCCAUUCCACCCUGACCGUCCUGGGAGAGAGGAUGGCCACCAUCCGCAUGAAGGCCUCUGGGAAACGGCAGCUAUUGGAGGAGCGUCUGAGUGAGCAGCUGGAGGAGCAGAGGCAGGAGCAGGCGCUGCAGCGUUACCAUAGUGAGGCAGAGGAGCUCGACCAUUGGUUGCUCAGCACCAAGGCCACACUAAGCUCCGCCCUUCAGCCACACCCAGAGGACAUGGACAUGGAGGAGCAGCUGAUUGACUGCCAGAACAUGCUGUUUGAGAUUGAGCAGAAGGUGGCCUCCCUGUCAGAGCUAUCGGUCCACAGUGAGAGCCUGCUGCUGGAGGGGCGGGCGGGGACGCGCGGGGAGGCCGAGCAGCUCACCUUUAAACUCCACUCCCUUAAAGACAGCCUGGUGGAGCUGCAGAGGAUGUUGCAGGACAAACAGGUCGACAUCCAGGGUUCAUUGCAGGAGCAGGAGGACAGUGAGCCAGACUCCAUCCUGUCCCAGAGUCCCAACAUACAGGACUGGCUGUCCCAGGCCCGCUCCACACGCACACAACAGCACCAUGACAACCUGCUACGACAGAGGGAGCUGGAGGAGCAGCUGGCAGAGCAGAGAAGGCUACUGAAGUCUGUAGCCAGUGUAGGGGAGGAGAUUCUCACCCAACAGACCACACCCAAUGGAGACAGUGAGGGAACGCCUGGUGUGUUGUUAGAGGCAGAGACCUUGACCCCUCAUGACCAGAUGAGACAGAGGUGGGAGAAUCUGAGUAAAGACCAGAGCACCAAACUCCAGCUGUCUCUUAACUCACUGGAGCAGGAGCAGCUCAGUCCGGUGCUCCACAGGUCAUGUGUGUCCAGCCCAGGGGUGGUGUUCAGGAGGGAGGCGCUGGGACAAGACCCUUACUUCCCCAGGGCUCUGUUUGAGGGCUGCAGCCAGACUCUAGAGAGGCUAGCCCAAGAGCCAGGAGGCGUUGCUGACAAUAAGCAGGGCGUGCCCAGGGGUGUGCCGGUGCAGGAAGAGCUGUAUGUGGCUGUGUCUGCAGCUUCGUCCUGGCUGGACAGUGCUGAGAACAACGUCCUCUCUGGUCCUGUGCUGCUGUCAGAGGACACUGAGACACAGCUCUCUAACCUGGAGGGCCUGAGUAAAGAGGUGAGGGAGGUGACAGGGGAGAUGAGCAAGUGCAGGGAGCUGCUGGGAGGAGGAGGUGGAGCAGCAGGAGGAGGGAGGAGGCUGUAUGGAGGGGAGGAGCAGGCCCUGAUGGAAGACACUCUGGAUGGGCUGCAGGAGAGACUGGGCCUGCUGGACCAAACGCUGGAGCAACACUGUGACUGUAUGAGAGACCGACUGCAGGAACACACCGGCUUCCAGACGGAGCUGAGGCUGCUGUUCACAGCUCUCAGUGAGAGUAAACACCAGCUGCUGCAGAGGUUGGCUGGAGCCAUAGACAGGCCUGCACCCAAACAGAUGGAGACAUUAUCCGAGGUGGAGGAUGGUCUGAGGGAGUUUGAGCAGAGAGUAGCAGAGCUCAGGAGCAGAGCGGAGGGACUACAGCCUGACCAGAUCUCCAACCAGGAGUUUCUCAAACUACAGGAUGCCUACGAGGAGCUGGUGUUGAUGGUAGGCUCCAGGCGUAGCAGUUUGAACCACAGCCUGUCUCUGAAGGCCCAGUACGAGAGUGCCCUGCAUGACCUCACAGACCUGGUCGACACCGCACAGGACAAGAUGGCCGCCGACCAGAAGAUGACCGUGGGCUCUGUCAUAGAAGUGCAGAUACUCCUGGACAAGCACAAGGAGUUUUUCCAGGGUUUGGAGUGUCAUAUGAUCCUGACCCAGACAUUCUACAGUAAGGUGAGCGGCCUGGUGGUCCAGAGGGAGAGCCAGGUCCUGGAGGAGACCCUGGCCCUGGCCAACAACGUCCUCAAACAGGCUCACCGUAGAGGGGUCGAGCUGGAAGGAAUACUGGAGUCGUGGAGCAUGCUGGUGGAGGACUACCAGGCUCUGUACAGGCAGCUGGAGGCAGUAGAGUGUAGUAUCCCUACGGUGGGCCUGGUGGAGGAGACAGAGGAGAGACUCAGCGACAGGAUCACUCUCUACCAGCGUCUGAAGACCAGCCUGACAGAGCACCAGCCUCAGCUCUAUCAGGUGAUGGAAGAGGGGAAGAGGCUGCUGCUGUCUGUGUGUUGCUCAGACCUGGAGAACCAGCUCACCCAGCUAGGGGAACACUGGCUCUGCUCCACCACCAAGGUCAACAAGGAGCUGCACCGCUUUGAUUCCACCCUCAAACACUGGAGCAGGUACCAGAGUGAGUCAGCAGAGUUGAGUCAGUGGUUGCGGUCAGCUCUGGACCGUCUGGAGUUCUGGACCACACAGUCUGUGACCGUACCUCAGGAGCUGGAGACAGUCAGAGACCACCUGUAUGCCUUCCUGGAGUUCUAUAAGGAGGUGGAUGCUAAGUCGUCUCUGCGCUCCUCAGUGCUGAGUACAGGCAACCAGCUGCUGCGGCUGAAGAGGGUGGACACGGCUGGUCUGAGAUCAGCUCUGGCCCAGGUGGACACCCAGUGGGCUGAGCUGUUCACACGCAUCCCAGUGGUACAGGAAAAACUACACCAGCUGCAGAUGGAGAAGCUGGCGUCGCGUCACGCCAUCACAGAGCUGAUGAGCUGGAUCUCUCUCAUGGAGAACGUGAUAGCGGAGGACCAGCAGAGGAUCAUGGGAGCAGUGGGGUCAGAGGUUGUUCAGGACUACCUACAGAAGUACAAGGGGUUCAGUAUUGACCUGACAUGUAAACAGCUGACGGUGGACUUCGUCAACCAGUCAGUGCUCCAGAUCAGUAGUCAGGAUGUGGAGGGGAAGCGCAGCGACAAGACCGACUUCGCUGAGCGCCUGGGAGCCAUGAACCGCCGCUGGCAGAUACUGCAAGGCCUCAUCAUUGAGAAGAUCCAGCUGUUGGAAGGCCUGUUGGAGGGCUGGAUGGAGCAUGAGAAUGGUGUUCAGGCCCUGAAGACCUGGUUGACCCUGCAAGAAGACAAACUGAAGAAGAGACACAGGAUAGAUGACGUAGCAUCGGUGCAGAAUGCACUCAAAGACUGUCAGGAGUUGGAAGAGUUAGUGAAGGAGAAAGAGAAGGAUUUAGAGAAAGCUGAAGAGAGAGGGAGCGCACUCAUCCAGGAAAAGAGGGGGCAGGCCUGCUCUGUUGUUAUGGAGACCCUUAAAGGGUUGAACCAGUCCUGGGCCAACCUGGACAAUAUGAUUGGUCAGAUGAAGGUGAGUCUGCGGUCAGUGCUGGAGCAGUGGACUCUGUACCGCCGUGCUGCUGAGGAGAUCAACGGUUACCUGAUGGAGGGGAGGUACUCCGUGUCCCGGCUACACCUGCUCACAGGCUCCCUGGAGGCUGUACAGCAACAGGUGGAAAGCCUGGAGAACCUGCAGGAGGAGUUAGACAAGCAGGAGAGCAGUCUGAGGAAGUUUGGCUCUGUCACACAUCAGCUGCUGACAGAGUGCCACCCGUCUGUGGCAGACACACUGGACGGAGCCCUCCGGGACGUCAACAUCAGGUGGAACGGUCUGCUGGAGCAGAUCUCAGAACAGCUGAGGAGCAGCAAGGCUCUGCUGGGUCUGUGGCAGCGCUACACAGAGCUGUAUGACCAGAGUGUCUCUGCUGUACACAAACAAGAGGAGAGGGCCGACAGGCUGCUCAAGAGUGCCACCGACAGAGACGUCACGGAAGAGGAAAGCAACGCAUGGAUUAGAGACUGCAGCGAGUUGCUGGGUGCCCAGGCAACAGUACAACAGUCUCUACUACAGCUGCAGCAGCUGGGGGAACAGCUGAAGACUCAGGUUGACGCCUCCUCCAUGGCAGCCCUCCAAUCAGACUGCCUGUCACUCACACAUCGCCUAGCAACGCUGGAGCACGCCCUGCACAGGCAGCAGGAAGUACUGCAGUGUGGAGCUGACGACUGUGAGCGUUUUAAAGAGCAGUUGGACUCUCUGACCUGUCAGGCUGAGCAGGCUGAAGAGGUACUGAGGGAGUCCGACCCAGUCGGAACACCGGAACUCACUGUCAUACAGGAGCGCAUGGAAAAACUCAUGAGCCAGAUGUGUAAGUUGAGCAGCCAUUCUCCUGAUCUAGAGCGUGUGAAUGAGCUGGCCUACAGACUGCCCCUGAACGACAGAGAGAUCAAACGCCUCCAGAGCCUCAACAGAGCCUGGACCUCCCACUCCGCACACCUGACUGAGAGAUUCAGUAAGCUGCAGGCGGUGUUGCUGCAGCAGCAGAGCUUCCUGCAGAAGUGUGAGGACUGGAUGGACUUCCUGUCCCAUACGGAACAAAAGCUGGCCGCUGAGACCUCUGGGAACUACCACAGCCUGCUGGAGCAGCAGAGAGACCACGAGUUGUUCCAGACAGAAAUGUUCAGCAGGCAGCAGAUUCUCUACUCCAUCAUCAGUGACGGCCAUCGCCUGCUGGACCAGGGACAGGUGGACGACAGGGAUGACUUCAGCCUGAAACUGGCUCUGCUGGGUAACCAAUGGCAGGGUGUUGUGAGGCGGGCCCAGCAAAGGAGAGGGAUAAUUGACAGCCUGGUCCGCCAAUGGCAGCGCUACAGGGAGAUGGCGGAGAAGCUGCGGCGAUGGCUACAGGAAGUGUCUCGCGACCCGGAAGUGCAUCAACAAGGAGAGGCGGUGGCCUUACAGGAGGCCAGGACCAUGUUGGACCAGAUACAGUUGAGGGAGCGUGUGCUCCAGAGGCAGCAGGGUGGCUACAUCCUGGCGGUGGAGGCGGGGCGGAGCCUGCUCCUGUCAGCUGACGCCAGGGAGGAGUCAGCCCUGCAGACGGAGCUGAUGGACAUGCAGGAGUGCUGGAGACAUGCCAACGUCCGAUUGGACGAACAGAAGAGAGAGCUGCUAAGCUUGCUCAAGGACUGGGGCCGCUGUCAGAAGGGCAUAGCUGCGUCUUUGGAGAAGCUGAGGGCCUUUAAGAGGAAGCUGUCCCUGCCUCUACCAGACAACCAUGAGGAGCUGCACUCUGAGCAAGUCCGCUGCAAGGAGUUAGAGAGCAAUGUGGAUGGCUGGACUGAUGACCUCACCUCUCUGUUCCUGCUGAGGGAUUCUCUGGAGGGCGUGGUCAGUGCUGAUGACCUCACAGUCCUGCAGGACCGCCUCCAGCUGCUGCAGCGCCAGUGGGAGGAGAUCUGUCACCAGCUGUCCCUGCGCAGGCAGCAGGUGAGUGAGAAGCUGAAUGAGUGGGCAGUGUUUAACGAGAAGAACAAGGACCUGUGUGAGUGGCUUACCCAGAUGGAGAGCAAGGUGUCUCAGAAUGGAGACAUCAGCAUCCAGGAGAUGAUCGAGAAGCUGCGCAAGGACUACCAGGAAGAGAUCGGUGUGGCCCAGGAGAAUAAGCAGCAGCUGCAGGUGAUGGGGGAGCGCUUGGCCAGGGCCAGCCAUGAGAGCAAGGCUGCAGAGAUACAACACAAACUCAGCAAGGUCAGCGAGCGCUGGCAACACCUGCUGGACCUCAUCGCUGCUAGGGUGAAGAAGUUGAGGGAGACGCUGGUUGCGGUGCAGCAGCUGGAUAAGAACAUGUGCAGUCUGCGCUCCUGGCUCGCCCACAUCGAGACAGAGCUGACCAGACCUCUCGUCUACGACACCUGUGACGCGCAGGAGAUACAGAGGAAACUCAACCAGCAGCAGGACAUUCAGCGGGACAUAGAGAAGCACAGUACAGGCGUGGCGUCUGUGUUGAACCUGUGUGAGGUGUUGCUACAUGACUGUGACGCCUGUUCUACGGAGACAGAGUGUGACUCCAUCCAGCAGGCCACCAGGGGCCUGGACCGACGCUGGAGGAACAUCUGUGCCAUGUCCAUGGAAAGGAGGCUCAAGAUUGAGGAGACGUGGAGGCUGUGGCAGAAGUUUCUGGAUGACUUCUCUCGGUUUGAGGAGUGGCUGAAGACCUCAGAGAGGACGGCUGCUCUUCCCAACUCCUCUGGAGUUCUAUACACCAUCGCAAAGGAGGAGCUCAAGAAGUUUGAGGCCUUCCAGAGGCAGGUCCAGGAGUUUCUGACCAGUGAGCUGAUCAAUAAGCAGUACCGCCGACGCAGAGAGAACCGCACAGACUCCUCCUGCCGCCGAGAAAUGGUGCAUGAUGGGAACCGGCGCUGGGACAACCUGCAGAAGAGGGUUGCCUCCAUCCUGCGCAGGCUCAAGCACUUUAUUGGUCAGAGGGAGGAGUUUGAGACAGCUAGAGACAGCAUCCUGGUGUGGCUCACUGAGAUGGACCUGCAGCUCACCAACAUAGAACACUUCUCAGAGUGUGAUGUCCAGGCCAAGAUCAAACAGCUAAGGGCGUUCCAGCAGGAGAUCUCUCUGAACACAGGGCAGAUUGAGCUGGUGUUCAGGCAGGGGGAGGCCCUGAUAGAGAAGAGUGAGCCUCUGGAUGGUGCUGUUCUAGAGGAGGAACUGGAGGAGCUACAGAGGUACUGGCAGGAGGUGUUUGGACGUGUCGACAGAUACUACAAGAAGCUGACACGCCUGCCUCUUGCCGAUGAUGAACUAGACUGUUCUGACCGAGAUCUGGACAUGGACGAGUCGGCUGAUCUCUCUGACCUGCAGUGGGGUGACUCCUCUCUCCCCUGCCCCUCCAGUCGCCCCACCUCGGGCUCUGUCCUCCCCCCACAGGCGGACCGCUCGGGCCGGGACACCCCAGCCAGCAUGGACUCUAUCCCACUGGAGUGGGACCACGACUACGACCUGAGCCGGGGGCUGGAGAGUGCUGGAGGGCGGGGUCUGGGGUCAGACAGGGGCAGAGGACAGGAGCAGGAGGAGGAGUACCUCAGGUCGGCUGCCGCUGUGUUGUCAGGUGAGCCAGGUCAGCUGGAGGUCCACCUGAGACUGUUGGACCAGGCUGUGGACUCUGGCCGCUACUCUGUCCAGCAGGGAGAGGCGGCUGCCUGCAGUGGCCAGGCCAGYACCAGCCCUGAGCUGGACUCAACUUACAUGGGCUAUAUGCGUCUGAUGGGAGAGUGUCGGGGCAGUAUAGAUGCAGUGAAGAGGGCUGGAGGACAGCUGACUGAGGAGGAUGAUGACAUGCCAGGACUCACCAACCCCACCAGCACAGACAGCCAGAGUACAGGUGUGAUUGAGCGCUGGGAGCUGAACCAGGCUCAGUCUCUGAGGGACAAACACAGACAGAAGCAGAACCUGCAGCAGUGUCACCAUCUGAUCUCAGACCUGCAGACCAUGAGGGCAUGGCUGUGCGAGGCAGAGGCAGAGCUGGGACAGCUACGGGUGCUAGACCUCAGCACAGACAUACACACCAUCCAACAGAGGAUCGGGAAGCUCAAGGAGCUGCAGAAGGCCAUGGACGGCCACAAGUCCCAGGUCCUGUCAAUCAACCUGAGCACUGACUUCCUCCAAUCAGAUCCCGACUCAGAGGAGGCGUGGGAGCUGAGGGACGGGCUGAAGGAGAUGAACUCACGCUGGGAUUGGCUGGGCUCAUCGCUGGAGGACUGGAGGGCAGAGCUACAGAGGGCCCUGAUGCAGUGUCAGGAGUUCCAUGAGCUGAGCCAUGGUCUGCUGUUGUGGUUGGAGAACAUUGACCGUAGAAGGAACGAGGUUGUCCCCAUCCCCCCCAGGCUCGACCGUGAAACACUACGGACUCACCACAGAACACUCACGCAAAUCAAGCGUGAGCUGCUGGACUCCCAGCAGAAGGCUUCCUCCCUCCAAGAGCUCUCAGCCCAGCUGCUUGUCCACACCCAGGCCACGUCCCAAAUCCAACCCCAGGCUUCAGAGAAGGACCAGAACCAGGCCCAGGGAAGUGAGCAUCUGGAGGCCCAGGAGAAGGUGCAUGUGAUCGGGAACAGGCUGCGGCUGCUCCUCCGGGAGGUCAGCACUGACCUGGAGGGCCUGGAGAGGAGACUGGAAACCAUGGACACACAACAGGACUCGCUGCCUUUGUCUGCUGUGGACAAAUCUGACAUCUCUGGAUCCACCAGCCCCGUCUCAGAGGGGACCUCGACGAGCCGCCGGCGAUCGCCCCGGGGCAAAAGUAGUCAUACCCACCCAGGACCCCCCGAGAGCGGCCCACAUCACAGCUCUCAGAGCGGCGCUGGCUGCGCUUCCUCCCGUUCUGACUUCCCCCUGGUCCCCUCUUCCUCGUCCUCGUCCUCGUGCCCCCCAAGGGGCCAGUCCUUUAUCCUGAGGGUCCUGAGGGCAGCUCUGCCCCUCCAGCUCCUCCUCCUGCUCCUGAUUGGCUUAGCCUGCCUGGUGCCCAUGACAGAGGAGGACUACAGCUGUCACCAUGCCAACAACUUUGCCCGCUCCUUCCACCCCAUGCUGCGCUACACCAACGGACCCCCACCCAUAUGAGGGUCAUCACUUCCUGGUUCCAGAAAUACUUUCUCAUCUGAAUGAAUGUCCCCUACUGCUGUACACCGGUGGACUCAUGCCCAUAGAAAAGGACCUCCUGGAUUAUAUUAACACUUCCCCUCCCUGCAGGACUCUCUUCCUCUGCUACACAGAGAUGACAUUCACUCAUUUUAGACUCUCUAACACCUAACAAACCAACCGACUAACAAAAGCAUCCCAAGGCUACAUGGCCUAAACAGCCUCUAUAUGAAACAUGUUGUUCAACACCCAUCUACAAAAUGAAUGGACCUAUACCUUGUGGAUCCCCUUAUAUCCAAAACAAAUCUCUACUAUUAGUUUUGUAUUCUUUAUAGUAAUCUGUAUUAUUUUUUACAGUUUCAGAGGAAACGUCUUGAGUCUGAAGAUGAAAAAAACACAGCACUACUUAUAUGUUGGGAGCCAAAGUGGACUGUGCUGUGUGUCAGUGCUGCUGCUAUUUAUUUGUUAACUCAAUCAGCAUUCGGUAGAUGUUAGAAUCAAUUAGGCUAGGGGGCUUCCGGUGAAGUUUGAAUAGCAAACAUUCCCAUUAGUCCUAGAGAUCCUAUAGAGCUAAAAGCUGAACCUAGAGCACUGACAUGGGAGAAAACUACAGGGACAUGACUGACCUGCAAACACAUGUUGAAAUACCUAAUUGGUUAUAGUUAUAGUUAGUUUAGGGUUAAGGUUAGAAGUUUGGUUAAGAUUAGGGUUAACUUUAGGAUUAGAGUUAUGGGUUGGUAUGCCAGUCACGUCCGUUUAGUGGAACCCCACUGACAUGAGCGCUAUUGAAUGAAGGUACUGCACUGAAGCCGUCCACAAGAUGGCCGACGUCUUCCUCCUCGGGCCAAGACAAGUAUUUAACGUCGAUAUUAUUUCAGUGUUUUAAAGCAAAACAAUCGAUGCAACAAGAAGAAACCAGUAAACUCACUUGUAAGAUUCAGGUGAUUUUUUAUAGUGAUGUUUGAAAUGCCUUUGAAUAUGGCAGUUAUUUUUAUCUUUUAUUAGCAUGCACUUGAAAUCCCUUGCUUUAAAAAAAAGCCAAACAAUCACUGGUAGUGUUAAGUAGAUGGAUGUUAUAUAGUGUGCUUUGUAAUAAUAACGAUGAUGAUGAUGAUCCUAACUGGAUGGAGACAUCUAAAUCACUGGGCUGUUCAAAAAUGAAACUGUAAAAACAAUGAAAAAUGAAAUGGUUAUUUAUGUAUGUACAGUUUGCUAAUGCUGAGCUAAUGAAUAAUACUCUCUCUUUGCAUAAUAAAAUACAGUACAUAUUAAAUAUUA